GCUUUAGUUGAUUGGAUGCACUUGUGGUUUGAUGCUUGACCUUGUGACAUUUAAUGGUAUUAAAGCUCAAUUUGCAUAACUUUAUCUCCUGCAACUAACAGAACAGAUCGGAAUCCAUCACUUUAUCAGUUAAAUCACAACUGUCUCUGCGCUGAGUAUUACAAAUAAAUCCACAGUUAUACAAGCUGUUAUUAAACAUAUAAGUCCUGCUUGGAUAGCGGCACAUUGAAAUAUGACAUUUCAUUUUUUCUUUCAGAAUUUCGUCAGUGAUUCACGAGUUUCAUAUUUACAGCAUAAAGCGUGGAAACCCCCCGCAGCACCGUGACAAACAGCUGCAACGUGACAAGGUGGCGGGACAUCCUUCCCUGCUGGAGCUCAAUCAUAUCCUGCAACUUCCACAGAUAAACUUCAAACAGGAGCCAGUUUGCACCGCGGAUUCUCGCGAUAAAACUGAUAGCGUGAUUUAGUGAAGAACCCUGGCGUCCAAAGGUAAAGUGACGUCCUGAGAAAUCUGGAUUAAUACGUGGAUAAAGGCAGAGGCAGGAUCCAGUGGGCGCUUUAAACCCGCCACAGUGCUUUAUUUUGUAUUAUUUCGGAACUUUAUUCAGCAGGCGGUUCCGGAUCCGUGUCACAGCUGACCUACUUUUCCUCCCGCGGAAGUUCCCAAAAACAAACAGAAGGAGUUUAAAAGGUGACUCGCUUGAGAUUGAGCGCUUUGUGCGCAGCGGUGAGAGUGGCUGGAACACCUGCACAGGUAAAUAGAGUCCCGGCCAUGGCUGCAGCGGCGGGGUCCGGUUCCGUUUCCAGGGGUCUCCGGGCCAUGUUCUUCAUGCUCACUCCAAACGAAUCCUCCUUUGAGAAAGUGGAGGAAGUGCCUCAGUAUGUUCAGCAGGCCACGCCGUACUUUGUGGGACUGAUGCUGCUGGAGCUGGCGGUGGGUGCGCUGAUGACAGGAAGCCCUGUAGUUACGCUGAGUGACGGUCUCACCUCCCUUUCUGCUGGGAUGAUCUCCAGACUCCCGCUGCUGGUGAUGAGAGGCUGUGAGCUGUCGGCUUACCAGUAUGUGUGGGACCAUUUCCGCCUGCUGGAGCUGCCCUGGGACUCUGCAUGGACCUGGUGGCUCACCUUCCUCGGAGUGGACUUCUGCUACUACUGGGUCCAUCGCUUCGCUCACGAGGUGGCCAUCCUCUGGGCUGCUCACCAGGUUCACCACAGUUCAGAGUACUACAACCUGACCACGGCGCUCAGACAGUCGCUCACCCAGCAGUUCACCUCUUGGAUCUUCUACCUUCCUAUGGCUCUCGCUGUUCCUCCCUCCGUCUUUGCUGUUCAUAUACAGUUAAACCUUCUCUACCAGUUCUGGAUCCACACUGAGGUGAUCAGAGACCUCGGACCUCUAGAGUGGAUCUUCAACACGCCCAAACAUCACAGAGUUCAUCAUGGAAGAAACCUUUACUGCAUUGACAAGAACUAUGGAGGAAUUCUCAUUAUCUGGGACAGAUUGUUUGGUACGUUUGCUGCAGAGUCAGAUAAAGUCAUAUACGGCCUGGUGUUUCCCAUCAAGACGUUUGAGAUCCUCUACGUUCAGUUGCACUACUAUGUAUAUUUAUGGAAAAGAUCCAGAACUUACAAAACCGUCAGUGACAAGAUGUCAACUUUCAUCAAAGGGCCGAGCUGGAAACCCGGUAAACGUCGUCUCGGUGACCACGUCGACAAUCCCAAGGUAACUGGAAAUGAAAUACCUCAUGGUCCCAAAUGGUCGCUGACAUUUCAAGUCUAUGUGGGCUUACAUUUCCUGCUGGUGCUUUGGACUUACCACAAGUUGUUUGAAAGCAAAAUGCUCAGUUCUGCCACCAGAUGUGGAGCUAACAUUUUGGGUCGCCACAGCUGGAACAGCAGCACAACGCUGGACCACAAAGAGUUUGAAAAUGAACCACUUAUUCCUGUGCUGUCUCAGUUAACUAUUUUCGGGAUGACCAGCUACGUUUUGCUUACCCUCACCUCCCUGGGUUUUAUCAUCGAGCGAAGGCCAUCAUCAGCCUUCUUGGAGACGAUUCGCUGCGUUGUCAUGGUAACGCUGAUGCGGUACAGCUACCUGAGGUCCCCCUUGCCUUUACUCUCUGUGCCCACUGAGGCCUUUGUCUCCCUCUCGCUGCUGUACUGGGCCCUGCAGAGCUUCUCCCAGCUGCUUAGCAUCAAGAAGAAAGACGACUGAGGCACCGACAGGAUCCAGGAAGAACAAAGACGUCUGGAUUCAAAGGAUUUCAUCUUAGCAUGUUUUGAUCUAUCAAUCUAUUAAGUUGUAGUUUAUUAGAAAAAAGAAACGGAAUUGGUUCAGCUUCUGCUUGAUUUUAACCUUUUAAUGCACAGCUGCUUCAAGCUUGUUUAUAACAAAAGCUUAAUUAUGCAAAUGAGCCAUUAACAAAGAGAAAAUAGGCUGAUAAUUUUGCGGAAACAUUAUUCAUUUUUAGGAGGAUUAUAUUUAAAAUGUCACUGCCAUCAUUGGUGCUGCAGUCCAUAGUGAAGGACCAAUCGUAACAUUUCCAGAUGAGGCACAAAACAACAUAUACCUCUUAUCAGAUGGGUGCUGUUCAUACUGAAGCCGAUGAUUUCAAAGCUAAAACAGAAUUAAUGCUCAACAAUGUACAGUCUGUUUUCCAUUUCUCAUUUAAAUAAAAGUGCUUAAAUUCUU